AUGUGCAAACACGUCCUCAACGCCCAAGUAGCCAUCCGCUCUCCCUGCUGUAAGCCACACCACACCACACCACACGCAUUCGCAAACCCAGAGCUAUCCUCAAUACUCACCAUCCUCAUCCUGCCAGGCCGAAAAUGGUUCGACUGCGCCGAAUGCCACCUUGAACAAGAAACCCACCCGCUCACCAAAUCCACCGAGAUGAUAUUCGCAUGUAAAAAGUGCAAGAAGUGUUUCCGGAAGGACGCGACGGAGUUCGAUGAGAGUGACGAGUACUGCCCGCACUGCGAUAACCACUUUGUGAUCGACGCUGUGACGCCCAAGGCUGCGUUGCAGGUUGAGGGUGAUGAUGCUCGGAUUAAUUCUAGAAUGAUCAAGGACGACCGUGUGCGGGAACACCAGGAAAAGUCGAUAUUCAAUUUCAAGGAUAUAUCGGAUCGGCUAGGCUGA